CCCGGUGUCAGAAUAUUGUGAGAUUCCACAAGAUGGUCCGAGGAAGGAGGGGCUGUGGAGCGACUGAACGAGAGAGAGGGGUGUGAAAGAUAGCAGACGGGUGUUGAACCUCGGGGAGAUUCCACUCACACUUAUCUCUCUCGCUCUCUUCCUCUGAGGACGUGAGGAAGACUGAGCACUCUGUUUUAUACUUGGCAGACUUGGACUUCUGUGUAAAAUACUGGAUUGCAACACAAUUAACCGUCUUUUGGACCCCCACAAUUGUUUUUCAGUGUUUUUUGCUCUUUUUAUUUCUUUAUUUCAAUCUAAAGACAUGGCCCAAUGUGCUUCGUCACACGGGCGGGACGGUUGAGUGUUGAUCAACGAGAGAACUAACUCUCAGCAAGGACCAUGUCGUGGAAAAGGAACUACUUUGCGUCUGGCAGCGGGGGCUUGCAGGGGAUCUUUACCCCGCGCACCAUGACGUCCAUCGCCCCCAGCAAAGGCCUCAGCAACGAGCCUGGCCAGAACAGCUGUUUCCUCAAUAGUGCACUGCAGGUUCUCUGGCACCUGGAUAUCUUUCGCAGAAGCUUCCGGCAGCUGACCACGCACAAGUGCAUGGAGGACUCGUGCAUCUUCUGUGCUCUGAAGAGCAUCUUCGCUCAGUUCCAGUUCAGCAGUGAGAAGGUGCUGCCGUCGGACGCCCUGCGCAGCGCCCUGGCCAAGACCUUCCAGGACGAGCAGCGCUUCCAGCUGGGCAUCAUGGACGACGCUGCCGAGUGCUUCGAAAACAUCUUGAUGCGGAUCCAUUUCCACAUCUCGGAUGAGACCAAGGAGGACAUCUGCACUGCCAAGCACUGCAUCCCACACCAGAAGUUCGCCAUGACACUCUUCGAACAGUGUGUGUGCAGCAGCUGUGGAGCCUCCUCUGACCCACUGCCCUUCAUUCAGAUGGUGCACUACAUCUCCACCAUCCUCUGUAACCAGGCGGUGAAGAUGCUGGAGUGUAGAGAGAAGCCCACCCCAGACAUGUUUGGAGAGCUUCUCCGCAACGCCAGCACCAUGGGAGACCUGAGGAACUGUCCUAGUAACUGUGGCGAGAAGUUGCGUAUCCGUCGGGUGUUGAUGAACUCUCCCGAGAUCAUCACCAUCGGCCUGGUGUGGGACUCGGACCACUCGGACCUGGCCGAGGACGUCAUCCACAGCCUGGGGACCUGCCUGCGCCUGGGGGACCUCUUCUACAGGGUGACCGAUGACAAGGCCAAGCAGGCAGAGCUCUACCUAGUGGGCAUGGUGUGCUACUACGGCAAGCACUACUCCACCUUCUUCUUCCAGACCAAGAUCCGCAAGUGGAUGUACUUUGACGACGCGCACGUUAAAGAGAUCGGCCCCAAGUGGAAGGACGUGGUGUCGCGCUGCAUCAAGGGCCACUACCAGCCCCUGCUGCUGCUCUACGCUGACCCCCGAGGGACGCCCGUGGCAGUGCAGGACCUGCCCUCACGCCUCGAACUGCACAACUUCAACAAGUCCUACUACGACAGCGAGGACUCCGGCCGCGAGCCGUCCAUCUCCAGCGACACGCGGACCGACUCGUCCACCGACAGCUACUCCUACAGGCACUCCCACUCCCACCAUGAGUCCAUGGCCAGCCACUUCUCCUCCGACUCCCAGGGCACGGUCAUCUGCAACGCCGACCCCGACGCCGCCUCCCACGGCAGCCUGGAGGCCACAGGCCAAGUGACGGACAGUGAGCCAGUGCAGCGCCACUCUCUGAGGAAGAGCGGGCCAGGGGACAGGAAGGGCGGGGCCGGGGACAGGAGGCGGAGCUCCAGCCGCCCGCGGCGCUCUGAGGAGAAGAGCCGCGGCUCCCGGGGCGACGAGGCCUCGUCGGCAGGUUACCACAGCGAGGGCGAGACUCUGAAGGAGCAGCAGGCGCCGCGCGCCCUCCCCAAAGCCUCCUCCAGCCGCCUCCGGGACCUGAGAGAGACCAUGAGCAACAUCAUCCACAGCCGGCCCCUCUCCUCCUCCUCCUCCUCCGGCUCGGGCUCCACCCAGCCUCCCCAGGCGGGCGGCCCCGCCGCCACAGCCGCCGCCGCCGCCAACCCAGGCGCCUCCCCGCCCUCGGCCGCCGCCAAGACCCACGACUGGGAGGCGGACAGCACCAGCAGCGAGUCCAAGUCCAGCUCGUCGGGGGGCCGCUACCGGCCGGCCUGGAGGCCCCGGAGGGAGGCCCUCAACAUCGACAGCAUCUUCACCCGGGAGCGGCGCCGGCAGGUGGGCUACAGCCCGCUGGGGGCCUCCCUCCCCGAGGACUGCGGCGCCCCCGCCGAGGGCCCCACGGGGUCGGCCACCGGCCUGGAGAAGAAGGCCCCCCUGAUCAGCAUGGCGUCGUCCUGGACCCUGCCCGCCCCCCGGGGGCGGGGCCGGGGGGGAGGGGCAGGGGGGGAGCAGCAGCAGCCCCCCAGGCUGAUCCAGAGGAUGGAGAGCGGCUAUGAGAGCAGCGAGAGGAACAGCAACAGCCCCGUCAGCCUGGACAUGCCGCUGGGAGAGGGCUCCAACACCAGCGCCCAGCACAGGGACCCUGGGAUGAAGAAGCCGUCCGGUGCGGGGCCGUCGUGGCGGACGGUGCCCAAGUCCAAAAGCAGCUCUGCUCUUCUCCAGGACGUCAAGGCCUCCCGCAGGGGCAACAGCCACACAAGCCUAGCGGUUGAGGGCCGCAGCGAGCUGGACGAGCUGCAGGAGGAGGUGGCUCGCAGGGCGCGGGAGCAGGAGGUCCAGAGGAGGAAGGAGAAGGAGAGGGAGGCGGCCAUGGGCUUCAACCCCAGACCCAGCAAGUUCAUGGACCUGGACGAGCUGCAGAGCCAGGGCAAAGGGGACAGCUUGGAGCGGUGUGUGUCGGACGCUGAGCUGCUGCUGGACCAGUCGGUGCGUCUGGAGCAGGCGGGAGAGGUGGCCGCUGCGCUCUCUGUGGUGAACGAAGCCGUGUCUAAACUCAGGCUUCCCAUGCAUGAGGGCGAUGGGGCUAACACUCAUAGCAGGACCGUGGCUGAGGCCCGACUGCAAAAGUGCAUGAGGAGAGCCCGGGGCCUGCAGCAGCGCAUGCAGCAGGAGAGCGCAGCGCUGCAGCCGGAGCGCCGAGCUGCGGCCGCGCGGCGCGCAGAGGAGGAGGAGGAGGAGCAGGAGCCGCCCUGCCCCCCCUGUCCCACGGGAACACCCAGUAAACAGCCUGUCGCGGUCCAAAUACUGUUGACGGACGCAGAGGAGGAGCCGCCAGCCGACCGGGAUGCAGCCCGAGGCCCGCCUUCACCUCUCCAUGUCAAGCCCCUCCCCCCAAGCGCAUGCUCGCUCCCACCAGACGCCCAGAGCCACGCCGCCGCCCCCGCCAGCCCUCGUCCUACGGGGUCUUCCGCAGGGGACGGCAGGGACUGGCCGGGCGGCUGCGGCCCGGAGGGGAGGGAGCACUGGUCCCAGAGCGCCCGCUCCAGAGGGACUCCCCUCCACAGCGUCAACCACGCGUCCCUCCCCAGCCUGCCUGCGGACGCCUGGGAACACGGCCCCGACAAUCUGCCCGACCGCCCGAGGGCCCCCUCUCCCUCCCACUGGCACAGCCCCUCGCCGUCCCAGACGGGCCCCGCCCCGCGCCCCCCCUCUGGGUCCUCCUCCCCUCUCGGCCGUCGCCAAGACGAGAGUGGGGUUCCGAACAGGGAGGUGUCCUACUUCCGGCAGUCCUCCCUGGGCUCCGCCCACCCCCCGCCCCCAUCUCAGAACCACACCCUCCCUGCCUCUAGCUCCGCCUCCAGGCCGGGCCUGCCCCCUCCCGUCCCCGUCCGCAACUGGUCAUGCUGGAGCCUGGAUAGGCCCAGCGAUUCCCCCCUCUUCCCUCCCACGGACCCCCUCCACGGCGCCCUGCCUCCCCCCAGCCCGUCCCUACGGACCCCAUCUCCUUCCGUGGUCGACUACAGUCAAGGAGCACCCAUACCCGUGGAGCGCUGGGCAGAGAACGUGACCCGGUACUACAACUCCCAGCCUGCCACUGGCUGCACGGGGAGCGGAUCGCCUAACGAGGAGCUGUCGGAGCUGGAUUCCCUGUACCAGGCCAGCUUGCAGGCUCCCAGCAUGCCGCGGGCUUCCCGGGGAGUCAGCCCCCAGCCCGGCAGCAAAACACCUGCCAGGAAGAUCCUCUCUGGCCUGGCCGCCCCUGGCCGCUCCAAGACCCCCACAGCCGAGAUCGAGAGAUACGCCUACAGAACGCCAAGCUACGCCAGCGGCCCCACGCAACAGCCCAUGGUCAGCCCGUGUGCUAGUGUGGCUCUCACCCCGCGUGUUUCCAUCACGAGUGUGUGCGUGUGGCUGUGUUAACCCCGUGUGCGUGCGGCUGUGCUAACCCCCUGCGCGUGUCCCCAGCCUGCGUCCGGAGGGCCCGGCGAGCGCUCGGCGGCGGACGACGAGAGCUACAGCGCGGAGAACCUGCGCCGCAUCGCCCGCAGUCU